CAAAAUGAUAACUUCAUGGUUGCUAUUUACCAAUAUUCCAACUUUAAAUCACUUCAGGAGACACAGAAGAGUUUGGAGAAUCAAGUGAAGGCCAUGACCAGUGAAUCAGCUGACAAGCAGGGAAGCAUGGAGAAGGCCCUUGCUGACAUGAGAACAGAGUUGGAUAAUCUAGUCAAAGAGAAAAACGAGAUGGUGAGGAAGAAGACAGAGUUAGAGGAACAAAUAUCAAGUCUGGAGAACGAUAAUUGCAAGCUACGAACAGAGCAGGAAGCGAACCUCUUGGCUGUGACCGAGAGGGAUCAAAAGGUGGCAGCCUUGAAAGCCGAGGUGGAGCACUUGAUGACCUCCUUCAACAGCCAUCGCGAAGACCUUCAGAAACAGCUGAUGCAAGUGCAGGCGGAUAAGGAGGCAAUGGCAGAGAUCCAGAAGACAUUUGAGGAUGAGCGGGCGCGGUUGGAUUGUCUGCAGGAGAGCCUGGCGGAGAAGGAGGAGGAAAACGAGAACCUGCAGAAGGAGAAGGAGAAUUUGGGGAAGGAGGUUGAAAGAUUAAAGGUGGUGGAGGAAGAAAAAACAAAUCUAGUCAAAGAAAAAGACAGUCUGGAGGAGAAUUUGAAGAAGCUCUUAGCCAUAGAGGAAGAACACAAGACACUACAGAAGACACACACCGAACACACCAAGAAGGCGGAGAGUCUGAGUGCCGAAAAGGAGCGCUUGGCCAAAGAGAAGGACGAGUUGGAGAAGGAGGUCAAGAUGAUGAAGAAGCUGGAGGAGGAGAGAGAGCGGUUGUCGGGCGACGUCCAGAAACUGGAGAAGGAGCUCACGAAGAUCCCCCACCUACAGGAGGACAAUGCUCGGCUGGCGGAUGACAUAGCAAAAAUGACGAAGGAGAGGGAGAGCCUGGCUACCAGCCUGAAGAAGAUGGAGGAGGAGCUGAAGCAGAAGAAGCAGCUGGAGGAAGACAACAUGAGAAUAAGUUCGAGUUUGAAGAGUGUCGAGGAGGAGAAGAACAAGCUAAUGAUCGACGUGCAGAAGCUGGAGGCCGAGGCUGCCUCAAAAGUAAGGCAUCUGGAGGGGGACCACUCAAAGGCCCUGGAGACAGUCAGAUCCUUGGAAGAGGAGAAAAGGCUGGCGGCUGAGGAGAUAUACAAGUUGGAGGAGGAGCUGAAGCAGAAGAAGCAGCUGGAGGAAGACAACAUGAGAAUAAGUUCGAGUUUGAAGAGUGUCGAGGAGGAGAAGAACAAGCUAAUGAUCGACGUGCAGAAGCUGGAGGCCGAGGCUGCCUCAAAAGUAAGGCAUCUGGAGGGGGACCACUCAAAGGCCCUGGAGACAGUCAGAUCCUUGGAAGAGGAGAAAAGGCUGGCGGCUGAGGAGAUAUACAAGUUGGAGGAGGAGCUGAAGCAGAAGAAGCAGCUGGAGGAAGACAACAUGAGAAUAAGUUCGAGUUUGAAGAGUGUCGAGGAGGAGAAGAACAAGCUAAUGAUCGACGUGCAGAAGCUGGAGGCCGAGGCUGCGACCACUCAAAGGCCCUGGAGACAGUCAGAUCCUUGGAAGAGGAGAAAAGGCUGGCGGCUGAGGAGAUAUACAAGUUGGAGGAGGAGCUGAAGAAACUCAGAAAGUUGGAGGAAGAGAACCUCACUCUGGAGUCCAAGAACAUGGCUUUGGUGAAGAGUAUGGAAGAACUCAAAAUCAGUCAAGAGUCAGAUCCAAGUGUUCUGGACUUAUUUGUGUAAGGUAAGAAAUGCCUGGCAUAUUGGGUAGGUCUUGUGCAAGGCUUAGGGGGAAGUUGGCGCAUGUCCAUAUAUACCGUCUUUCCAAAUCGUUUUUUAGUAGAGGCUUUUUUUAGUAUAUGUCUCAUGGAAACCUAUCACAUUUUGGAUAGCCUUCUUUUUCCUUACUGGAAAUCUGAUUGCCUUUUAGAUACUAUGUAAAUGGGACAUAUUGGUACAUGGGGAAUGAUUUAAAAGGCUGAUGUUAUAAGACUGAAUGUUGAAAUGCAAAUCGUAUGAGGUGCAUACCGGAGAUACUGUACAUCAUGUUAUGUCAUCCAGAACACAGUAUUCCUAAAAGCUUUUUCAGUUACUUCUUCUCUUGAUGAUCUGUUUUACUUUUAUUAUAUUUCUUUGUCUGAAAACUCUUUCCAGAAGAGAGUGGGGUGACAGUCAAGAGUUACUUGAUAUGGUUAUAAGAUGGAACAAGAUAAAAGCUUUAGUUUUGAAUUGUGGCUGUUGUUCUAGCUCUGUAAUUUAUUUUCUAGAUGGUCAUGAAAAUAAAAUGCCACGUGUAUAUUGCUUUGUUGCUCUGUGCUAUGUAAGCCUGCUUAGAGACAGUAUGUGCAGAAAUUGUCUGGCUUUUGUGUUGAUGUACAAAUUGCUGCCCUUGUUAGAUGUAGCCCGUGCAAAGCUUCCUUAGAGAUAUAUAUUUUUUCCCUGAUAUCUGUCAUUUUUUCAUGAUUGAAAACCAUAUAUGAACUAUGUUUUUUCAGACAGUUAAUGUUUUUGAGUAGUCAGUAAGCAGAAGAGCUAUGCAAUGACAGUUCAUGAUAGUAUAUGUAACUAUUUUUUCACUUAAUUGGAAGUGAUGCAAUGUUUUUGUUGUUGCUGUUUUGAUAUAUUUUAUUUGUAUAAGAGUCACUCAGAGAAAAGUUUUAAAACUGUCAAAAUCUUUCAUGAGAAUAGCCCAUAGCUGUAGGAAGAUAGUGACUAAUCAGAAUGUUCUAUACUACCAUUAGCCAGAUAGAAUCGAGCCUACUGUCUCUACGCAAGUUAGUGUCAGAGACAAGGAAACGCACCACAAGUCCACAGACUUCGGCCACAAACCUCGACCUGGGCACCUGCGAGAAGCUUUGAUUGUUGUUGUUUCCCUCUUCCUUUCCCCCCUCCCCUUCUCUAUGAAAAAAAAGGAGAAAUAAAAAGAGAAAGAUAGAUAGAAGAAAGGUGUCACCUACACACAUAUAUCUCGAGUUUACUUGAUAAUCCAGGAUUGAUUAAAAUAGGAGUGCGGUGGAAGACGAGACAAUAUGAAGAAGGAUUUUGUUGUCUGCUUUGGGAAUUCAGAAAGAGAGACUCAGUUGUUUACCCAUUUCACAAGGGAACUACAUUUUCAGUGAAUUGUAUAUUACAUUUUUAAUAGACUUUGUUGAGCUAUGUAAUUUGGAUGUCUCUUCAACGUUUGUUCUACUUUAUUGAUAUAUUUUUUGUCACUUUUAAAUGAAUGUAGGCCACAAGUUCAUGGAAACAGAACAAUCCUCACAUACACCAUGGUAUCAAAAGGCCAAUAAUUUAAAAGGAAAUUCUCAUGUAGUAAAGAAAAAAAAAGAAAAAAAAAAAAAA